GGCAAGAAGUCAUUCCGUUUGGUAACAUUCUAAGGUUAAUACUCAACAGAAAGUAAGAACGCCAAGGAAUAGAUAUUCGAUAUUAAAAGGCUUAAAAUAAAUAAACUUCAAGAGUUCUCAGCCAUGGAUUUCUAUUAUAUGCCCCCCUCCGCCCCUUGCCGUUCCGUCGAGAUGACCGCUCUGGCUGUGGGUGUUAAGCUCAACAAACAUGUCUUGGACUUAACCAAAGGCGAACAAUUAAAACCGGAAUUUGUUAAAAUCAAUCCUCAACACACCAUACCCACUUUGGUGGAUAAUGGCUUCGCUCUAUGGGAAUCGCGUGCCAUUUUGGUCUAUUUGUGUGAGAAAUAUGAUAGCAGCAAAAAAUGGUAUCCCAACUGCGUGAAAACUCGUGCUAUAGUCAAUCAACGUCUUUACUUUGACAUGGGCACCCUGUACAAGAGCUUUGCCGAUUAUUAUUAUCCUCAAAUUAUGAAAAAGGCUCCUGCCGAUCCGGAAAUGUUGAAGAAAAUCGAGACAGCUUUUGAAUUUUUCAAUACAUUCUUGGAUGGCAAGAAAUUCGCUGCCGGUGAUUCGCCUACUGUGGCCGAUAUUGCCCUCUUGUCCACCGUCACCAAUUUCGAUGCAGCCAAUUUUGAUUUUAGCAAAUAUGCAAAUGUGGCCCAAUGGUAUGAGGCUUGUAAGACUGUCAUACCAGGAUAUGCUGAUAAUAAGGAAGCUUGUGUUAGCUUCCAAAAGUAUUUCAAUAACAAGUAAGCUGCAAAUAUAUGUGUGUGAGGGAAAUUUCAAAUAAUUGAUGUAUUUUUAAUCUAUUUUAAAAUGUUAUGUAUAAUUUAAA